AUGUUCUUUCUACAGCAAGGCAUUGUGCUAAAGUCGUAUGCUGUUUCGAGCAAUGUAUCGAGUACUACCGAUGAUAUUGACACGUACAACUUUUACGUUGGCUUAGUCACAUCGGUAGUGGUAAAACCACUGUUAGGACUGGUGGGUGCGGUGGUACCAGCUGUGCUCUUGUGCUUUUUCACGCGGUUGACUAUGCAGGAGAAGAGUUCACGAUGGACACGAUAUUCGUUGGCGUUACUUGGUAAUAUCACGCUUUGGUUGUUGAUCAAUGGAUUCAUGGCUCUCUACGUAAGAGAGGAGACAGUACGAGUCGAUGUAGUUAUCAAAGACAGCGACCUGUUUGGGAACGAGAGUGUCUCGGUCACCGCUGUGGGUCGUGCGUCGAGCGGCGACACGAUUCUUCGCAGUGCUAUGCAGCUGCCGGAUGUUGCAGCUGGAAUUGCUGCUGGACAAUGCAAGCGGCCUUCACCACGUCGACUUCCAGCACAAUUGGACUAUGGAUUCCAGUCUCGUGGAUGGAUGAAAGAGUUACUGCCGUAUGCGCCUGAGACUACGAAAACGAACACGUUAUCUGUGUUGCUGGACGAGGGUGCUGACUCGAUAGAAAAGAUGGUAAUGCCUAUGAAGCUGACUGCUGCACGUAGCCUCGUGAACUAUGCAAUGCGUGCCACCGACGACUAUUUCCGGGAACAAGGCGUACAAGCAAAUGCCAGUUUGUUUGCUCUAUCGGAUUUACCAGAUAAUUUCGACUCAGCAUCAUCUGAUGAUGUAAGGAUGACUCAAGAACUUGUUAAAGCCACUACCACCGCAAUGAAUCUCGCAGUCAACAAACGAACACAUUUGAGAAACUUCAGCAUUGCUGAGAGCAGCAUGGAAUUUGUGCAGUUUCCUUGGAAAACAGACAGUGGUAACUUGGUGUUUGAAGGUGUGACGCUGGAAAUUUCCAUGGGAAAACAAUUCUUGCGUCGCGAGGUGAACUUUAUGAACGACACGACAAAGUCUGUGGUUUAUGGAUCGAAGGUUUCAAACGGGUUAUUUGAGAUUAACGCGAAGGAGGAGUGUGGUCGUUAUGGUUGUGUAGUGAGCCCCGUAGGAGCUGCAUUGACUACUGCUCCAGCUGAUGAAGGAAGUCAGGUGCGAGUGUUGCCUAUUUGCUUUGAUGAAAACGGCAAUGAAGACUACGAGGCCACCAUGAAUGUCGACGGUACUGAAUGCGAGCGUCGUUCUACGAGUUCCAUGCUAGUAUUUAGUUUUGCCAAGCGAAUCGUUGGUGACGCCAUUCGCUCGUCGCUUGUGAAUGAUUCAACCGGAGAAGCCCUUGUCGUAAAGCUAACGAACGCUCGAAAAAUCUACCAGGUCACUGCGGGUCGAUUGUCGUGGGAUACUACAGACCUGGCUUCCAAAUAUGAUGCUUCAUGCGAGGCGAGCGACUGCAACGGCGUUGCAUUCCCGCUAUCUGAUGAUGCUCAGAUUGUUAUCGUAGGUAGUGACCAUGUCCGAGUGAACGACUUGACAAUGUACACUUCAUCACUGUUGUUAUGGACCCCCCUCGUGACUUCAAAUGCCCAAGAGGUGGAUAUGAGUGACAUUCUCAAGAACGAUUUUGUUUUUCCGAGAAAUUUUGCUAAUAGAAGCAACUGGACGCCAGUCGAUGGUUCUCGAUGUGAACGCGAACGUGGCGUUUUUAUGGAUCGUGUGGAGAGUUUGCAUCUGUACUCGGAACGGUCUCUCCAACCAGCUUAUCAAUCAGCAUUAUUUUGGUUAUUCCAAUACGGUGUCGUGAAGCAAAAGACGAGUCCAUCGAUGCUAGCGUUUGAUACAAAUGUCAAGUACGUGGAUGUCACGUUAUCGGUACCGUAUCUAUCAGCCAUACUUACUUUUAUCGGCUGUGUAAUGAUGGGUCUGAUGGGAGGAUUGGUAUAUUUUGGAGGCAAGAGUCGUGAAGCUAACGUUGAACGGCACUUUAAACCUCAUCAUUUGGCUCGAAUCCUUCUCGAUGAUGAAGCAUUUUCGCACAAAUUACUCAAAUGUGACUUGCUAAAUGUUGGCAACAAGUAUUUGAAUAGCUCCGAAUUGCUUGAUCAGUUUGAGAUUAGCGGAUUGGCUUUACGACAUCGUAAACGUCCGUCUGACGUGUUUAUUGUGCCCACGACUCAACAAUCUUCUGCCAACUCUAUGACAUUAAAUCAGCCAGUACAUAUCGUAUAA